AUGCCUGCACUCUAUUACUUUGUAGGUGUACCGCUUGAAAAAAUACAACACGAAUGGGCCCAAAAUGAGCCUGAUAAUAAAAAUAAUGCAGAAAGCUGCCUCGCGUUGCACUCUGAUGGAAGAAUGUCAGAUGAAAGAUGUGAUGAACCUCGCCCUUAUAUUUGCUACAGGCCGCACUCAGACGUCGAAGCCAACGUGUGUGGCACUCCAGAUCCUGAAUACCACUUUGAAAGUAGAACCAAUAAGUGUUACAAAUUCCACACAAGUUCAAGAACAUUUAAAAGAGCUAACUUUGCCUGUCAGGCUGAAGGUGGUUAUCUUGUAAUCAUAAAUAGUGAGGUUGAAGCACAAGUCAUACGUGAUAUUUGGAUCAAGUACCCAGCCGUAGUAAUGAUAGGACCUUUCUGGAAAGACGUUGCCUAUGUUGGAAUGUACAAUUGGGAUGAGAGCGAAGACUGGACAACCAUUCACGGCCAAUGGCUUCAGGAAGCUGGCUAUGCUAAGUUUUCUCCAGGAGAACCUAAUAACUCAACUACAGGUGAAUAUUGUGGUGCAGUAUACCGUAAUGGCAUGUUCGACGAUCUGUAUUGCGAACAGGAUUACGCAUUUAUUUGUGAAAAGGAACCCAGUUAUCCUCCUGUAUGCGAUAGUGAUAGCCCAAGACCAUUCGAGCCUGCCAUUUGUCACAAUGGUGUUGGACAAGCACAAAUACAGCCUGAUAAUCAAAUGAAUGAAAUUAUGAAGACACAGACAUCUAAUGUCGUCAUAUAA